AUGCGUAAAUUUAUUUCAGCAUAUGGAUUUAGUAACACAAUUGGAUUCAUUGGUUUAGGCAAUAUGGGAGUAAUAAUGAAUAAUAUAUGAUCAAUAGAUUGGUAUGGCUCAUAAUCUAGCUAAAACUAGAAUAGUAUAUGCAUAUGAUGCUAGUCCUUAAUGGUAAUCAAAGAUUGAAUCAGCAAAUAUUAAACCUGUGUCUUAGAUAGCAGAUGUAGCUGCAAAUGCAGAUACAAUAAUAACUAUGUUACCAAAUGACAAGAUAGUGAAAAGUGUUGCUUAAGAAAUCUUUAGAAAAUAAAAUAAGACAUUAAUUGAUUCAUCGACAAUAUCACCCUAUGCUUCAUAUGAUUUAGCUAAGAUGGCAUAAGAUACUAAAAAUAUUUAUACAGAUGCUCCUGUUUCAGGUGGUGUUGGUGGUGCUAAAUUAGGAACAUUAACAUUUAUGGUUGGAGCAGACAAAGAAUUAUAUGAUAAAGUAUCUCCAAUAUUAAAAGAAAUGGGGAAAAACAUCUUCCAUUGUGGAAAGAUUGGAGGUGGACAAAUAGCUAAAAUGUGUAAUAACAUGGCUUUAGCUAUCUAAAUGAUUAGCGUUGCAGAAGCUUUAGCUUUAGGAAAGAAUAUGGGAAUGGAUCCAUCUAUGUUAAGUUCUAUUAUGUCUGUCAGUUCUUCAAGAUGUUGGUCUGUAGAUACUUAUAAUCCAGCACCUGGAGUUAUGCCUAAUGUUCCUAGUUCCAAAGAUUAUGAUGGAGGUUUCAUGGUUGAAUUGAUGCUCAAAGAUCUUGGAAUUGCUAUUGAAGCAUCUAAAAAGAGUGGAACUGAUACAUAACUUGGAUAACAUGCUUAGCAAAUCUAUAAUAAAUUAAAUGAACAUUUUGCUAAAAAAGAUUUUGCGAUUGUUUACUAAGAAUUAACAAAAAGUAAAUGAUAUUAAAAUAAAUUAUAC